AUGAGUGCUAUUUCGGGGUCUUUCCCCCCUGGAAAGGGUCAACUGUUGUUUGCCAAGUCUAAAGUUUAUAUCCAUGUCACCAGCUCCAAAAAAGACAACGUCGUGGGCUAUUUGACCAUUAUCAAACCGUACCAGGGUUCUCCUAAUCUGGAUCUGGUGGUGGCUUACAUACCCGAAUCUGACUUGGAAAAGGAGGACAAAGAGACGCUCGAUUAUUUUGACUUGUAUGGGCUGGACGGAGAAAAUACCAACUUCUACGGAUCAGGGACUCAGGGCAGCAAUUCUACCAAAGAGGGCCUUUCAAGUAGCAACUUGCCUCAAGUUAAAAAAUUCAUCACUAGGCCCAAAAUGUCGUCACUAAGUUCGUACGCAUUCGGUCUGACCAUUGCGAACUUGUUCAGCAUCCAGGUGCGCGCAAAGACGUCCAGCUUGUGGUACGGAUCGGUGGUGUUGCAUCCAAAAGACACUUUGGAGAAAGUUCCUGCUUUAUUCUUCCAUGACGACGAGUGCCCCGGCACUAUUCGAGAACAAAAGCUUAAAAGUGAGAGUUUUUCUCCGUUUGCAGACAACUUCAACGGCGGCCUUUAUUGGGGAGGUGACAGGUUCAUCAGCUGUCUCCGCAAUUACUGCGUUUUAGAGUACUCUCCCUUGGAGAAGAACAUGGUUUUGGUGAAUCCGACCAAAGAAGACAGUCUCAACUUCAUUCCCAACGUGGUCGACUCCAAAGAUCCGCUCGAGAAUGCCACUCAGUCGGUGGACCAGCUGGUCACCAAGGCUAAAUGGAAGGUGCUCACCGGCUUGGCUACCAUCACCACUUUUGCGAAGAAACAGAUUGGCCAUGUGGCUGAAAACAACCGUCUUCCGGAACCAAUCAAAAAAAUGCUCCAGAAACCCGAGGUCAAGCUCAUUGGCGACGAAUUCGAUAGCGCAAAUGUUUAUCUGGCCAGAUGGGCUUUGGCAGUGCAGCAUGAGGCAGAGAAGUCACGCAAACUGAUCAUCGGAAACAAUUACUAUCACCAGUUGAUUUCCAGCGAGCUCGGCGACAACUUCGGCUCUCUAACGCCAGUCGAGCUGUCAAAGGCCACACGGAUGAAACCGAUCUCCAAGAUUGAAUGGGACAAUCUGUUUGACUCCACCGGUCGUCUACAAGUGACUGUCGAGGAAGUGAAGGAUCGCGUAUUCCACGGAGGUUUGGAGGAUCCUGUCAGAAAGGAAGCAUGGCUAUUCUUGCUUGGAGUUUUCUCAUGGGAUACUAGCUCGCAAGAGCGCGAACAGCUUGCUCAAUCCUUGGAGAACAACUACGAGGAGUACAACCAGAACUGGCGCACCGACAUGGAACGUCAGCAAAACGACGAGUUUUGGAAAGACCAAAAAGUGCGCAUCCACAAGGAUAUUCGAAGAACCGACCGCGAGCUUGAUAUUUUUAAGCCCACAUCCGCAGAGAGCGACGAAGAGGACGACGAGACGUUUGGUAACCCACACCUUCUGAUUCUGAGAGACAUUCUUUUCUCUUACAACGAGCUCAACUAUAACCUUGGUUACGUGCAAGGGAUGAGCGACCUACUUUCUCCACUCUACUACACGAUCAGAGACCAAUCUCUAACAUUUUGGGCAUUUGUGAACUUCAUGGAGCCCAUGGAACGAAACUUUGUGAAAGACCUAAGUGGAAUGAAGCUACAGAUGCUCACGCUGAACGAGCUGGUGCAGUUCAUGAUUCCGGAUCUUUACGUCCACUUGGAAAAAUGCGACUCCAACAGUCUGUUCUUCUUCUUCCGAAUGCUGCUCGUCUGGUUCAAGCGCGAGCUGUCGUUCGCCGACACCAUGCGGCUCUGGGAAGUGCUAUGGACCAACUACUACUCGUCGCAGUUUGUGAUAUUCUUUGCUCUGGCCAUUUUGGAGAAGAACUCCAAAAUCAUCAUCAACACUUUGAACCAGUUUGACCAGAUCCUCAAGUUCAUGAACGACCUGAGCGGCCAUUUAGAGCUGGACGACCUGCUGAUCCGCGCAGAACUGCUAUUUUUGAAGUUCAGACAGAUGGUGGAGCUUGUGGACCGCAGAAACGCCAACACGGGCGCCAAUGCGCUGCAGGAGUCAUCGCAGCUAGCUAUCAGCAAAGAACUGCGCCAACUGCUGUCGAAAGAUCCGGUGAUUCACAAAGAAGAGCCACGCACAACAGAUACUCCGUUCGGUUAA